UUCCUGAUUAUACUUAGUACCCACAGCAGGGUCAGUGGCUGAAAGGAACGGUGCAACAAAACAUGCUUUAAUAUUAAGCAGCCACGAAGGAAUAUGUGUGUCUUUGACCGAAGGAGACGGGUUUCUUUUUCCCUCCUGGAUUAAUCAUGAAAGACUUGCUGAACAUUCCGCUUGUACAUAUCUUCACUCUUGCAGCCUUCAGCUUAGCUGAGAAACUCCCUAAAGCCCCCAUCAUCAGCACUCCUCUUGAAACAUUGGAUGCCCAAGUCGAAGAAGUGGCCAUCUUUGAGUGUGUAGUAGUGGCUUAUCCUCAGGCAGAGGUUACCUGGACACGUAAUAACAUUCCUAUCAGGUUCUUUGACACACGGUAUAGCAUAGAGAAAAAUGGGCAGCUCCUAACCAUUCUGAGUGUGGAGGAUAGCGAUGAUGGGGUUUACUGCUGCACAGCAAACAAUGGAGUAGGGGUACCAGCAGAAAGUUGUGGGGCGUUGCAGGUGAAAAUGAAACCCAAAAUAACCCGCCCACCUUCAAAUGUGAAAGUAAUAGAAGGACUGAAGGCUGUUCUUCCAUGCACUACAGUGGGGAACCCCAAACCUUCAGUAUCAUGGAUCAAAGGAGAAAAUGUUAUAAAGGAAAAUGCUCGGAUUGCUAUUCUUGAAUCGGGCAAUUUAAGAAUUCAUAAUGUUCGAAGAGAAGACAGUGGUCACUACUGGUGUAUGGCAAAGAACAGCCUUGGGACAGCCUGCUCAAAACCUGUAGUUCUGGAAGUGGAAGUGUUUGCUCGAAUCCUGAAAGCUCCUGAAUCCUACAAUGUCAGUUUUGGCUCUGUGGUGACUUUGCGAUGUGCAGCAACAGGCAUUCCAACCCCUACUGUAACAUGGCUUGAAAAUGGAAAAGCUGUCUCAGCAGGUUCCAUAGUAGAAACAGUCAAAGACAGAGUGAUUGAUUCUAGGUUGCAAGUUUAUGUCUCCCGGCCUGGUUUAUUUACCUGCAUUGCUACCAACAAGCACAGUGAGACUUACGGCACCGCAAAGGCUGCAGCCACUAUCAAUGUAUCAGAAUGGAGCAGACUCUACAAGGGUGAUGCAGGCUACUGCAGCACAUACCGAGGAGAGGUGUGUAGUGCUAUGUUGGCAAAGGAAGCCUUUGUUUUCUUCAAUGCCUCCUACGGAGACCCAGAGGAGACCCAAGAACUGCUUGUCCGCGUUGCAUGGGCUGAGUUGAAAACAGUGAGUCCUUUUUGCCGUACAGCUGCUGAGUCACUGCUGUGUCACUACAUCUUCCAGGAUUGCAAUCCCUCCAGGAUCGGACCAGCUCCGAAACCUGUUUGCAGAGAGCAUUGCCUUGCUGUAAAGGAUCUCUACUGCUUUAAGGAAUGGCUUUCCAUGGAAGAAAAUGCCCAUAAAGGGAUCUACAAACCUGGGCUGAUGUUACUUACCCUGCCUGAGUGCAACAGACUUCCCAGCAUACACCAGGACCACAAGGCCUGUACGAGGAUUCCACAGUUUGAUCUUAAAAAGGAAGAUAUAACAACAACUUGUUACAAAGGCAAUGGGUUAGCAUAUGAAGGCCCUGUCAAUGUCACAGCCUCUGGCAUUCCUUGUCAGAAGUGGAAUGAACAGGUUCCCCAUUCACAUAGGAAAACUCCUCUGGUUUUUCCAGAGCUGUCCAAUGCAGAAAACUAUUGCCGUAAUCCAGGAGGUGAAAAUGCACAACCCUGGUGUUACACAAUGGACUCAUCUGUAAAAUGGGAAUACUGCAAUGUGCCUCAUUGUGGAGAUGCACCAUUGUCUCAAGAAACAACCAAGCUGAGUGCAGCCCCUCCACGUUUUCCUUCCUCCUCCUCUUUCUCUGCGACAUCCUCCAUGACAGUCAUUGUCUCCAUCAUCUCCAGCUUUGCCAUGCUUAUCAUCCUCAUUAUCCUUGCUCUCAUUUGUUGCCGGAGACGCAAGCAGUGGAAAAACAAAACAAGGGAGUCAGCACCACCAGCCCUGACGACACUUCCUUCUGAGCUCCUAUUGGACAGAUUGCACCCAAAUCCCAUGUACCAACGCAUGCCUCUACUCUUGAACCCAAAGUUAUUCAGUCUGGAGUAUCCACGAAACAAUAUUGAAUAUGUGAGAGAUAUUGGAGAAGGAGCUUUUGGACGUGUCUUCCAAGCAAGGGCCCCCGGACUGCUUCCUUACGAGCCGUUCACAAUGGUGGCAGUGAAGAUGCUCAAAGAAGAAGCCUCAGCGGACAUGCAGGCUGACUUUCAGAGAGAGGCGGCCCUCAUGGCUGAAUUUGAUCAUCCAAACAUUGUCAAACUUUUAGGGGUGUGUGCUGUUGGAAAGCCAAUGUGCCUUCUUUUUGAAUACAUGGCCUUUGGGGACCUCAAUGAAUAUCUGCGCAAUCGAUCACCACGCAACCUCUGUAACCUAAGCAACAAUAACCUUGAUGUACGGAUCAGGCCCUCCAGCCCUAAUGUGUUUGCUCUCUCGUGCACCGACCAGCUCUGCAUUGCCAAGCAGGUGGCGGCUGGCAUGGCCUACCUCUCAGAGCGCAAGUUUGUGCACCGGGACUUGGCCACUAGGAACUGUUUAGUGGGAGAAAAUAUGGUGGUUAAAAUUGCAGACUUUGGCCUCUCCAGGAACAUGUACUCUGCAGACUAUUACAAAGCAAAUGAAAACGAUGCCAUUCCCAUACGAUGGAUGCCCCCUGAGUCUAUCUUCUACAAUCGCUAUACAACUGAGUCUGACAUUUGGGCCUAUGGCGUGGUCCUUUGGGAGAUCUUUGCCUAUGGCCUACAGCCCUAUUAUGGGAUGGCUCACGAGGAAGUCAUCUAUUAUGUGAGGGAUGGAAAUGUCCUGUCUUGCCCAGAUAACUGUCCUCUGGAGCUGUACAACCUCAUGCGCCUUUGUUGGAGCAAGUUGCCUUCUGACAGGCCGAGCUUUGCUAGUAUCCAUCGUAUUCUGGAGCGCAUGUAUGAGAGUGCAGUGGCUUCUGAACAUGCAUGAAUUGUGCAGUAGAAAGCAGCAUUUCAUGACUUCUGUUGAAUGACUAAGCUUGGAUGAAAGCGUUUGGACCUGAAUAUAUCACCACGAACAAUUGUGACAGCUCAGUCUGUGCAGUUGUUACUCAGGCAACGUUCCCAAUAGAAAAUUGAAAUAGGUGAGGUAUUUUGCUUGAGAGAAGACCACAGGAUCAUGAAGCAUCAUUGAUGUAUUUUUAAAAAAAUAACAUUGUUCUUGACAUGUUUUUUAUUUUUUUAUUUCUUUUUGAAACAUUUUUUAUCAUGACUUUUUGUUUUGCCAGAAACAUACAAAAAUAAAAUACUCAUAAAAUCCAGUGCUAAUAAAACCAAGAUCAGAGUAAGAUAAACACAGCAGCAGAAUCUCAAAUACAAAAUCAAAAAGGAAACAAAGGGGGAGGGGGAAUAUAGUUCCAUCAAGAUUCAGGUUAAUUCUAAAAAACCAACUUUUUAGAAUUAGGAAGUUCUUCACACCUGACAUAUGUCUCUAUAUAAUGUCUUUAUAGUUACCUUAUCCUGAGUCACAACAUUGGUCCAUCUGGGCCAGUAUUACUUGCUUGGACUGGAAGCAGCUCUCCAGGGUCUUUGGCCAGAGGUCUUCCCAGCUCCUCUAUCUGAGAUCAUUUAACUGGAGAUCCAAAGGAUUGAACUUGAGACCAUCUACAUGCAAACUAUGUGUUCUAUCACUAACCCAUGAACUCAGCACAGAAAUGGGAAGGAGUGUUGUAGUGAAAGUGGUUUGAACUCUGCAGUCCUAUCUGGUAGGUUGGAAAGGAAGUGGAAGAAGUAUGCACACAUCAGGCAGACAUUUGUUUCAGAAACUGAAAGAAGCUAGUUUUGUUGGUGGAGCCUGUCUUGCUCUCAGUCUGAGAGUUGCAUAGAAGCACCUGUUUUCCAUUUGUAAUUUCCUAACCUAACACAAGGUUAUAAAUGGUUGACUACCCUUGUUUGUAGAGUACAGCUUUGGGGUUUGUGCAGACAACCAGUCCCCCUCAAUGAUUUUGACUUUUGCAGAGGCGGAAAUUAAGUGAACCUGAGUUGCAUCAGUGGGUGCACAAUACAGUAGCCUCUCAGCCACCACUCUUUGGACAAGCUAUGUCUCUUUAUAUAUUACUUAAGGAAUGAUAGCUGUAGAGCCAGAUGCAAAUUGGAACCUAUUGGACGGGAUCCAGUGAGUGACAGGCUUUACAAGUGCAAAAGCCAAUGAUUAUCUGAAAACAUCAAUGACAGGCAAAGCUGAGCAAAUAUACUUCCAGCCAAGCAAAAUAUUCUUUUGUCAUUUCCCCUCCCUUCUCAUCCUGUCCUAUGUUUAUGACCUUUGCCCUGUAGUUUGCAUGGAAAGCAAUUCCUGUAAGAGAAAAGUUCAGCAUUGUACAAGGUUUAUGCUCUGGACAGGAGUGGCUAACCUGCGGGCUUUUUAUGGCCCCCAGAAUCUUAAAAAAUGGUACUUUAAAAAAAUUGAAUUAAAACCCCGGGAAAUCCCUCAUUUCUUCUAUGCUGUAGCUGCCUGCAUUGCCAACCCCUUAAUAUGCUAUAUAGUCUAAUGGGGUAUCACCAGCUUAGAUUAGGAGUGGAGACACUGGGUAUGCUGAAUCAGCAUGCCUGGUACCCACCAUUUACCAUCUGGAUGUUUACAUUUUGGCCUGUGAGCCAAUAUUCUCCUAUUCAGAUGUGUGCCUCACGACCUUCCUCCUUGCGACCUCUGAUGAAGUCUGUUUAACAAUGACAAUAGACAACUGCUAUAUACAAGGAAAAUAAUGUGGUUUUUCUCCUUCAUGGGCAUUGGGACAUGCUGUGUGUUUAAGAGUUCUUCAUAGGUCACAGAGGCAGCACACGAAAUAUUUCUCUCUGCUUCAGUCCAUGAAAUCUCAGUUUGGAAACUGGAACCAUAUGGCUCGGGCCAAUCAAAUGGCUCCAGCUGGGUGAGAGGGCGACAAUCAGGUGUGGGAAGGACUCGUGGGAUUGGCCCUAUUCCUAUGCUUCUAGAGUCUAGACUGAUGAAGCCAAUGAAAAAUGAUUCACAUACUACCACAGUCGCGUAUGAAGGGGGCCUAAGCUGUAAAUAUUUAGGGACAAGAAACAGGCAAACAGUUAAUUCUAAUUCUAACCCUGCUUCCAUAUAUUCUCAUACAACUUUUGCUCCUACAACCAUCCUUCUUAAAUGGCUCUUCAUUUGAGGUUCGGUUUACUAAAAGGCCAUGCUACCAUAUAACAGCAUGUAAUAAGAGACCCUGGCAAAAGCUGUUUGCAGUUUCUGUUUUUGAGUUGCCACUUGAAGUUGCUGAUUAUCAGCUGUCUUCUCACUGAGUCCCAAAUAGUUUAAAGCAUAGUGACCUAUAUACUUACAGCUACAAAGAUACAUAUCUAGAGCAGAUGUUUAGGGCUACAGCUCCCAACAACUUCAAACAGCAUGGCCAAUGGUCAGGGGUAAUGGAAGUUGUUGUCUAAAACAUAUAGGGGCACCAGGUCGGGAAGGCUGAUCUAGAUUAUAUGUCCACAAAUCAAGUCUGGCUUCCACUCACUCUUAGUCCCGCAUCUCUUGAUGACUGAGUUUCUUAGCAGGUAUUGCAUGCAGUCUUCAACAUCCCAUGUGAGGUUUCAGUAAGAAAAUGGAGUUGUACAAAGUGGUAAUAAGUUAACAAUCUUAUUGUUGCACUUUCCUGUCAAAGCCUUCUCUCAUGUAUAGUAUGUUGCUUUCAUCCCACUUAGUUUCAGUGGAGAUGAACUGGAACAACUGAGAAGAAAAAGUGGCUUUGUGUUGUCCAGCAUUCCAGCAUUUGUAUUACUAGUGUGAACUAGAGAGUGAAAGUGUAUUAUGUUUAGUAGUAAUACUUUUCAAAGCAAAGGAGAAUAGUGUGUCCUUUGUUGCAGAGAAUGACCCUGUUUGACAUAAUUUAAUGGUGAAUAGCAUCACAUGGACAGCCCAAGAUCUAUAAGAUCAAGGUUAUAGAGCCAGGGUGGUACACACAGCCCCUUUUAAUCCUCAUGGUUCACACGAAGUUACUGGCAAACAGAACCUAGCACGCAGUUUCCCCCCUGUAAAUCCGUACUAACCCAAUCCUCUUCUAAUCCGAAAAGGGAUCUCUAAUGCUUGCAGACAUUUUGCUCCAAUGCUUUUAGGUGUGUGUGUCGAUCGUUUCCCUCUCCAUGCACACUACCUCCUCCUCCCUUCUUUGGCUGCUGGCUCCUGUUCUGCAAGCCUGAUGCAAACGGUGCUUUAUUUUUCUUUCCCCCCUAAUUUGUGCAAAAAAGCAUAACACUGUUCGAACAAGUAUUUGUAUUUCAGCUGAAUUGUGAAAGUACAAAUAAUCGCACUUCAGGGUUUUUGCUUUUUUUAAAAUGAAACUUACUCUGCAACAAACUGAGCAUGCUUGGUUGCCAAGGUAACCAGAGGAAGUGGAAUUUUGACCUUAAGAGACUUGGUGAUUAGGAAGCUGCGUGAUUGACCCUUUCCCUUCAGUGCAAAUGGAAAACAGCGAACUGGAAGGGAAGUCUGAACCUUGCAAAACUAUCAUGAUGGCAAAAGCUUAAUCUUUAAUACAAAGUUCAGCUCCUGUGUGAAUGAGCCCCCAGUGCAGUAUAGUGGUUAGAGUGUUGGACUGAGACCUGGGAGACCAGGAUUGAAAUCCCCACUAAGGUUUGAAGCCCACUGGGUGACCUUGGGCUAGUCACUGUGUCUCAGCCUAACCUACCUCACAGGGUUGUUGUGAGGAUAAAAUGGAGAGGGGGGAAGCAUGUCUGGCAUGUUGAGCUUCUUGGAGGAAAGGUGGGACAUAAAUGUAAUAAUAAAAUACAAAUACAAAUAAUAAAUAUACUCCCUAAAUAAUGA